AUGUAUGCAUACUGUUUUACCUAUUACCAGCACACGUUGACAGGACAUUCGGGCAAGGUGAUGGCGGCUAAAUUCUUGGGAGAAGCGACCAAAGUCGUCACGGGAAGUCACGAUCGAACCCUCAAGAUUUGGGAUCUUAGGAGCAGGGCCUGUAAGUAG